UCUGUCGACAUUCCACGAUUCCUUGCAUCGAUCAAACCGUAGCCUCCCCAUCGGCGGCGCGGCGAGGCUGCGCCUUCUCUCCAUCGGCGACGCGCUGCGCCUUCCCUGCAUCGUUCGAACACCACGAGGCCUAACGCCAUCGAGGCCUCCCUCUGCAUCAAGCUCGCCCCGAUUCCUUGCAUCGAUUCCGGCAGCACGCCAACCAGCGCCCACCACCAGGCGCGGCCAGUUUCUCCAUCGCUGUAGCGCCACCACCAGGCUCCAGCUCGCCCACAGCUCGUCCAGCAGCCACCAGCGCCAAUUCCAUCGUCAACGUUCUCUCCGGUGCAAUAUGGCUACUGACGAAAAAAGGCCGGAUACACGUUGCAUUCCUAGCUGCGUGUCGGAUAUAAUUCCACAUAUUCCAGCUUCAAUGUUGGAAAGGAUGGAAGAGCUGAAUCUCACAUCAAUGACCAAGCUGCAGCUAGGGGAUCUUUCCUACAGAAAAACCUGUGGGGACCUUUGGUAAAAGGCAAUUGUUCAUAAAGACCAAAACAUAAUUCAAUUCGAGAUCAAGGAUGGUCAAUCACUUUGGAUCAACCAAGAGGUGGUGCAGCUUGUUCUGAACAUGCCAAGAGGCUCUUCAAAGGAUUUCGAAUGUUCAUUUGAAAAUUCAACAGAAUUCGACAAGCUGUUCAAAGCAUUGAGAUGCGUAUCGUUGAAGUAUCCAGACAAAAAAGCCGCAAAAAAGAGGGAUGCUGAGCGUGCAGGUCAUCAGGCCAAUGAAGGCCAUGAGGUCAAUGAAGCUGAGCUACCGGAUCCCGUGGAAAUGAAUAUUUCUGAGAAACGACGGGCAUUCUCAGCGGAUAACAUCAAGAACUUGUUUCAAAACUGUGAGAAGGAAGAUGUCCGUGCAUAUAUUGAUGAUGAUAUGCUCAUUAGGCUAUAUGUUGGGACGAUGGUAGAUAGACUGCUACUACCAUACACAUCAUUCUAUACAACCAGAGUGACAAUUCAGCAUGUACACAAGGUGGAGAAAUUGCAAGAGAUUGACUGGUCCUACCUGGUGUUUGAAGGCUUGAAGAGUGCUCUAGAUGAUAAGGAUUCAGCUUGGUUAAAUUGUUGUCUGCCUGUGAUUUUGGUUGUUUUGGCGGACUGUGCUGAGGGUAAUACUUUGGGGAUGGAAGAACCAGGUAGAAUUAACCUCUACACUAAUGAGAUGUUCAAGAACAUUUUUGAAGAAGAGAAGAAAGCGAACCAUGGGGGGUUGAAAUGGAAGCGGAAGGGGGCAACGGUAGUGAAGCCGCUAGAGGAUUUUCGGUUGAUUAAAUGGGAGGAUAGUUGCUAUGGCAAAUUGGACAGUUUCAGUCGUAUUAACAGAAGAGAACGCUACAAGGAAAUUUUUUGGACAGAACUCGGGACCAUAUUGUAUUGAAAUGUGAUGACUAUGAGAUAGUUGAGAGUGUUUUUGUUGACUCCUUCAAACCAAAUGGUCGGAUGCAGUCUAACCUAGUGCAUUUAAUAUGCGCCCAUUUGUCAAGGAACUUAGAUGAUGCAAUUAUCUUGAAUGAAUUUUCUGUUAAAGAUUUAGUGGAAGUAAAGGGAACUACAUAUCUGGCCCGUGAUCUCACACAGGACAAAGUGAAGAAUGCGGCGAAGAUAUAUGUUCCUAUUGCUACGGAUCAUCACUAUUCCUUAGUUAUUGUAUCCCAUACGCUGAGAAAGAAAUUUAUCCUGGACUCCUGGGGAGGGGAACAUAAAAAGGAGGCACGUGAUGUGUUAACCAAUCCGGAGCUUUAUUUGUCCAAUACGCAUGGUAUGGACAUAUCUGGGUAUGAGGAAGAAACACCAGCAGUUGAGCAUCAAAUUAACAACUAUGAUUGCGGCUUUCAUGUGUUGCUAUACAUCAAGGGGUUCGAUAAGAUGGACAUAUAUAACAUCACCAGGGAUAAGGUGUUGGAGUUCCGAAUAGACCUCUCUAUGGAACUCCUGGAUGAAUAUCAGCCUUCUCGACAUGGAGCAGAUGCUCAUGCAGAAACUUCAUACGAUUUGCUUGAUGAUAGCCUGAACAGAGAAGAGGCAGUGGAUGAAGAUAAUGUGGUAACAAGGGAUGAACAUCAGGGUGAUGGCCCCCAGUCUUCAAGACAUGAAACAGGGCUUGCUUCUAUUGGGCCUGGAGUUGGCGAAGGCUGCAGGACAAGCUAAAUAAUAAAAUAAGCUCUUUCGAUUAGAUUGUUAAGCGCUUUAACAAUUCAUGUCAGCAUAUCCAUAGUAACCCACUGCUAAAUCCAUGUGAUCAUAUCAAUUGUAACACGUGCAUAAAUCAGUAGUAACCUCGUAUCCAAGUUACAAUAACAACAAAUCUCCAAUAUUACAUAUGUG